AUGUCUGAUCAGAAGACAGUGAUCAAGAACGCAGACAUGUCUGAGGACAUACAACAGGAUGCUGUUGACUGCACCACGCAGGCCAGGUCGAAGUACAACUUAGAGAAGGCCAUUGCUACCUAUAUCAGUAAGGAAUUUGACAAGAUAUAUAACCCUACCUGGCAUUGUAUCGUGGGCCGAAAUUUUGGCAGCUAUGUCACACACGAGACAGAGCGCUUCAUCUAUUUUUAUUUGGGUCAAGUUGCAAUCCUCUUCUUUGAGUCAGGCUAG